CGUCUGGUGUAAGAGGUCAAAGCACCCUCCGGCUCUCGUACGGCCUCCCCCAAUUUUUCAGUCUUUUGGAUUUUUGCUACCAUGGCGGAGCAGCAGCAGUUUUGCGCACUAUUGAAUCAGUUGAUGAGUCCGGAUAAUGCUUUAAGGAAGCAAGCUGAGGAAACGUACGAAGGCAUACCAAGUCAGGUGAAGAUACCUUUCCUUCUGGAAAGCAUCAGGAAUGCAGCUGCUGCAGAAGAGGCUCGACAGAUGGCCGCAGUUUUAUUGCGGCGACUUAUGUCCUCUUCAUUUGAUGAAGUGUAUCCAGCUUUGCCCCCAGAUCUACAGACUGGUAUAAAAAAUGAGAUUCUGUUAAGCAUCCAGAUGGAGACUACGUCUAGUAUGAGGAGAAAGAUUUGUGACCUUGCUGCUGAGGUUGCAAGAAACAUGCUUGAUGAUGAUGGAAAUAACCAGUGGCCAGAGGUCCUGAAAUUCCUGUUUGAAUCUGUGAGUUCGCAGGACGUAGGUUUACGUGAAGCUGCCCUACAUAUUUUCUGGAAUUUUCCUGGCAUUUUUGGAAACCAACAGCAGCAUUAUCUUGAUGUUAUUAAACGAAUGCUUGUGCAGUGUAUGCAGGAUCAAGAAAACUUUCAGAUUCGAACUCUGUCUGCAAGAGCAACAGCUUCAUUUGUGCUUGCCAAUGAGCAUAGUGUCCCUGUUCUUAAGCAUUUUUCAGACUUGCUUCCAGGUGUUUUGCAGGCAACAGCGGAUGCUUGUUUCCAAAAUGAUGACUCUGUCCUCAAGUCUUUGGUAGAAAUUGCUGAAACAGUUCCCAAGUAUUUGCGCCCUCACUUGGAACCUACACUGCAAUUGUGUCUUAAGCUUUGUGGAGACACUAACCUCGGUAACAUGCAGAGACAGCUUGCCCUAGAAGUCAUAGUGACCUUGUCUGAGACUGCUUCUGCAAUGCUAAGAAAGCACACCAAUAUUGUGACACUGACUUUUCCUCAGAUGUUGGCAAUGAUGGUCGAUUUAGAGGACGAUGAUGACUGGGCAGUUGCUGAUGAACUCGAAGAUGAUGACUUUGAUAGCAAUGCAGUUGCAGGCGAGAGUGCACUUGACAGAGUUGCAUGUGGUCUUGGUGGAAAACUUGUCCUUCCCAUGAUUAAGGAGCACAUAAUGCAGAUGCUUCAAAAUCCUGACUGGAAGUACAGGCAUGCAGGCCUUAUGGCUCUAUCUGCAAUUGGAGAAGGCUGCCACCAACAAAUGGAAGGCAUUUUGAAUGAAAUAGUCAAUUUAGUUUUGUUGUUCCUCCAGGAUCCACACCCUCGAGUAAGAUAUGCUGCUUGUAAUGCUGUUGGACAGAUGGCUACUGACUUUGCUCCUGGUUUCCAGAAGAAAUUUCACGAGAAGGUUAUUGGUGCCCUGCUUCAAACCAUGGAAGACCAGGCUAAUCCACGGGUUCAGGCUCAUGCUGCUGCUGCUCUUAUCAACUUCACAGAAGACUGUCCAAAGUCGCAACUUGUCCCUUACUUGGACAAUUUAGUGAAACAUCUCCAUGCCAUUAUGGUUGUCAAGCUGCAGGAGCUUAUACAGAAGGGAACAAAGUUAGUGCUGGAGCAAGUAGUGACUUCUAUUGCCUCGGUAGCUGACACAGCUGAGGAGAAGUUUGUUCCUUACUACGAUCUCUUCAUGCCAUCACUGAAGCAUAUUGUAGAGAAUGCUGUACAGAAAGAGCUUCGACUAUUGAGAGGAAAGACUAUAGAGUGCAUCAGCUUAAUUGGUUUGGCAGUUGGAAAGGACAAGUUUAUGCAAGACGCUUCUGAUGUAAUGCAGCUGUUACUGAAGACCCAAACGGAUUUCAGUGAUUUGGAAGAUGAUGAUCCCCAGAUAUCCUACAUGAUUUCUGCAUGGGCUAGAAUGUGUAAAAUUCUGGGGAAAGAAUUCCAGCAGUACCUGCCUGUUGUCAUGGGCCCACUGAUGAAGACUGCAUCCAUCAAGCCAGAAGUAGCACUUUUAGACACACAAGACAUGGAGAGCAUAAAUGAAGAUGAUGGCUGGGAAUUUGUUAAUCUGGGAGAUCAGCAAAGUUUUGGAAUCAAGACUGCAGGCUUGGAGGAAAAGGCUACUGCCUGUCAGAUGCUGGUUUGCUAUGCAAAAGAAUUGAAGGAAGGUUUUGUGGAAUACACUGAACAAGUUGUGAAGCUGAUGGUACCUUUGCUGAAGUUCUAUUUUCAUGAUGGGGUUCGUGUUGCAGCAGCUGAAUCUAUGCCUCUCCUCCUUGACUGUGCAAGAGUACGUGGGCCAGAGUACUUGACCCAGAUGUGGCACUUUAUGUGUGAUGCUCUUAUUAAGGCAAUUGGCACUGAACCAGACUCUGAUGUCUUGUCAGAAGUAAUGCAUUCAUUUGCAAAGUGUAUUGAGGUAAUGGGUGAUGGCUGUCUAAACAACGAGCACCUUGAAGAACUUGGAGGAAUAUUGAAGGGGAAACUAGAAGAGCACUUUAAAAACCAAGAAUUAAGACAGGUGAAAAGACAAGAUGAAGAUUAUGAUGAGCAAGUUGAAGAAUCCCUGCAAGAUGAGAAUGAUAAUGACGUGUACAUUCUAACAAAAGUAUCGGAUAUUCUGCACUCUGUAUUUGGUAGCUAUGGAGAGAAGGUGCUGCCAUGGUUUGAACAGCUGCUACCUCUUAUAGUUAAUUUAAUAUGCCCGCAGAGACCCUGGUCUGACAGACAGUGGGGAUUGUGCAUCUUCGAUGAUGUGAUAGAGCAUUGUAGUCCAUCAUCUUUCAAAUAUGGUGAAUAUUUCCUUCGGCCAAUGCUCCAGUCUGUCUGUGACAACACUCCAGAAGUCAGGCAAGCAGCUGCUUAUGGUAUUGGAGUCAUGGCACAGUUUGGCGGAGAGAAUUACAGACCGUUCUGUACAGAGGCCUUACCUCUUCUUGUUGGAGUUAUCCAAGCACCAGAUUCUAAAACCAAAGAAAAUGUACAUGCCACAGAAAACUGUGUUUCAGCUGUGGGUAAAAUUAUGAAGUACCGACCAGAAUGUGUAAACCUCAAUGAAGUCCUGCCUCAUUGGUUGUCAUGGUUACCACUGCACGAAGACAAAGAGGAGGCUGUUCAUACCUUUAGCUAUCUUUGUGAUCUCAUUGAAAGCAACAAUCCCGUUGUUCUUGGACCCAACAACACAAACCUACCAAGAAUAAUGUCCAUCAUUGCUGAUGGCAUAGCUCAUGAAGCAGUUAAACAAGAAGAUGGAUGUAGCAAACGGCUAGCAAAUGUUGUUCGGCAAGUGCAGAACUCUGGAGGACUCUGGACAGAAUGCAUAUCACAGCUCAAUGAAGCACAACAGAAGGCUGUACAGGACCUAUUGAAUGCUGCUUAAAAAGCCUUCAGAACUGUUCAUUCAGAAAUAAAAUCAUGAAGUUUACCCAUUUUUAAAUGAAUAAAGGAACUGUUGGUCAUACGUAUGGGACACUUAAGCAGACCACAAAUGAAGUCAGCUGCAGUAGUCGUGGAAGGAUUUGCAGUGUGAAAACUGCAGGUGGACUUGUGCCAUUUACUGAGAAAUUUUGCAGUACCCUUUUACUACAGAACCAGUACUAGAAAGUAUUUUUUCUAUCCAGUUAAACACACGUUGGCAAAAGGGAAAUGAGCAGAAUUUUCUCGUUAGUGAUAACAUUUCAGAUAUCACUGCUGUAGGUGUGCAUUCUAUAACAUGAAUUGUUUCUAUACAUCUAGUAUUAACUGUACUAACUGGAGUGUGCAGAGUCCUUUUUUAAUUUAGGGUAGAGGUAGAAAGCAAGAGAAGUCUGCCCUGAACAGCAAUGAAUUGAAGUGGAUAAUGAAGUGGCAAGAUUUGUGGCUGCUUGUCACUGUCACCUGUUCACCAAAAGGCUUGUGUAAUCAUUUGGAGUGAACAAAAUUUGGUUUCCAACGUACAUGAAAGUGGAAUGUCUUUGGCAUGCCUGGCAUUACCUCAUCCACUCCAAGUCAAUAAAGAGCAACAAAGUAGUCUGGA